AGUUAGGUCCUGUAGACUACUAUAAAGCUCUGUACGCGCGACAUAAUAUUUUAUACAGCGUAGAAACUUGAAGCUCUGUAAUCAUGUCUGGAAGAGGCAAAGGAGGUAAAGGACUCGGGAAAGGAGGCGCUAAGCGUCACCGUAAAGUUCUUCGUGAUAACAUCCAGGGAAUCACUAAACCCGCCAUCCGUCGUCUCGCUCGCCGCGGCGGAGUCAAGCGUAUCUCCGGUCUGAUCUACGAGGAGACCCGCGGUGUGCUGAAGGUGUUUCUGGAGAACGUGAUCCGUGAUGCGGUGACCUACACCGAGCACGCCAAGAGAAAGACCGUCACCGCCAUGGACGUCGUGUACGCUCUGAAACGACAGGGACGCACUCUGUACGGCUUCGGAGGUUAAACGCGUCCGUGAUACAGAAAAAAA